AGAUAAAGGCAGAGAGCUGGAAAGUCCAAUAAAACUAAACCAUCUCUCCUUUGCUGCCUUUUGUCCAUUUCCGACCCUCCAAUACUUAAAACCACUGCACCAAAAGCCUUCCAACUACGUGUAUCAGUACUGACAGCAAGAGGAGAGUCGAGGAAGUGAUGGAGGUUGGUGGAAGUGAGGGAUGGAACUCCUGCUGCUCCAAGUCCUCGAGGGGCUCAAGGAGGUGGGGAAGGAGGAGAUACCAAAAGGAGAGGGAGGAGGCCAUGGGGUGGUGGGGGGAGACCGGUGGUGGGAUGGUGGCCAAGAAGAGGGUCAUGGUGGUGAUCGAUCAGAGUUCGAGGGCCAAGCAUGCCAUGAUGUGGGCACUGACCCAUGUGGCUAACAAGGGUGAUCGCCUCGCCCUUCUCCAUGUUGUCCCUCACGGUGGAGGAGAGGAUGAUGUACCCAACCUUGCAACCCUGCAAGCCCUGUGCAAAGCUUGCAAGCCUGAGGUGGAGGUGGAAGCACUGGUGAUUCAGGGACCCAAGUUGGCAACUGUGCUAAGCCAAGUCAGGAAACUGGAGGCUUCUGUUCUGGUGUUGGGUCAAGCCAAGCCUUCCCCUUUCUCUUGCCUGUUCAGAUGCAGAAGUGAGGAGUUCGUGGAGCAGUGCAUCAACAAAGCUGAGUGUCUCACGCUGGCAGUGAGGAAGCAGAGCAAGGGAGUGGGUGGCUACUUGAUCAGCACUCGGUGGCAGAAGGACUUCUGGCUGUUGGCCUAAUUCACAUCCCCUUCAUCCUCUCUCCCAAAAGAAUGAGCCUCUCCUUCUUUCUGCUGUAGUGAUGCUCACACAUGUAAAGCAUAAUGGCACUGACCUCAACCUCACCUGCCCCGAUCCCAUCACCAUGUUCUUCUGCUGAAUUCUCAUUAGCAAUGAAUGCAUGUUUGAUGGA